CUCCUCCUGCAGCUACUUGCCAGUCAGCCUCGACGACAGACAGCCAGCCGCUCGCCGUCCUGCUGCUGCGCGGAGCCUCGUCUUCUCCCUCCGAGUCUCGGCGUCGCUUCUGACCAUCCUGCGCGGAUCUCCACGGGCCGGCCAGCGAGUUCGGUCUUUCAUUUUCUGGGGGAGAAAUUCCGUCUCUGUGAGCUUUGUACUGCAACUGCCCUUCAAAGACAUAUGGAGAAAAUGGCCAGACCUCUUCCAAUAAACCCAACUUUCCUGCCGCCGACUCACGGCGUCCUGAAAUCUCUGCUGGAAAACCCACUGAAACUGCCUUUCCAUCACGAUGAAGGAUUCGGGAAAGACAAGGAGAAAGAGAAGAAGCUGGAAGAUGAAAGCAGUGCGGCCAACCACCCGCAGUCGGCCUUCCUUGGCCCGACCCUGUGGGACAAGACCCUGCCUUAUGACGGGGACAACUUUCAGCUGGAGUACAUGGACCUGGAGGAGUUCCUGUCAGAAAACGGCAUCCCCGCCAACACGGCCCAGAGCGACCAGGCCCCGCAGGCGCCGCAGCCGCCACAGACCCCUCUGCAGCAGGCCCCGCCGCCUGCCCCGCCCACGCCCUCCGUCGUGGACCUCAGCAGCCGCGCCACCACCUCUGUCCACACGGGCAUGGCGCCCCAGACCUGCCUCCACAGCCCCAGCACAGCAGCACUGCCCUCGGCCCGCGACACCCCCAGCCCCAUCGACCCGGAGACCAUUCAGGUGCCGGUGACCUACGAGCCCGACCCAGCGGACCUGGCCCUGUCCAGCGUGCCCGGCCAGGAGAUAUUCGACCCCAGGAAACGCAAGUUCUCCGCAGAGGAGCUGAAGCCGCAGCCCAUGAUCAAAAAGGCCCGCAAGGUCUUCAUCCCGGAGGAUCUGAAGGAUGAUAAGUACUGGGCCCGGCGCAGAAAGAACAACGUGGCGGCCAAGCGGUCACGGGACGCCCGGCGGCUCAAGGAGAACCAGAUCGCCAUCCGAGCCGGCUUCCUGGAGAAGGAGAACGCCGCCCUCCGCAUGGAGGUAGCAGACUUGAGGAAGGAGCUGGGCCGCUGCAAGAACAUUCUGGCCAAAUACGAGGCCCGACACGGGCCGCUGUGAGCCCCCGAGACCCUCCCCCACCACCCCCACCACCCUUAAAAACCCACCUCCACGGCCCCCCCUUCCUCCCUUCAGGCCCCCGACCUGACUCCCGCUCUGCUCCGCAAACCUCACCGCCCUCGAGUUUGAAGGACAAUGUGUCUCUUUUGGUGGCACUGACCCCCCCCCCAACCCCCAUCCCAACCACCCACCCCACCCUCUUCCUCCCCCUCCCCCACCGACACACACGCACUUGUAUGAUUCUGCUAUUAUAACUGUCAUUUUGACUUUUAUCAUAAGCUUUAGUUCCCUCUCUUACUUUCUGAACACAUUGUUUGACUAAAUAUAUAUACAUAGAUGGAUAUAUAUAUAUUUACACAUGCAUACUUCCCACGUUAAUGUACUGUGAGAAGUUAUGAGCCAACCCACCAGCCGACCCCACCCCCCUUCCUCCCCACUACCUUCCACUUUUGAGAAAGGUUGCCAUGCUGUUUGUCGCUCACUUUCAUACCGAUUUUAUACAUGAGAGCAGGACUGAAAACUGUUGUUCCUCCUCCUCUGUGACGUGUCCACGAGUCUUGUGUUUUUUAAGCUCUUGUAUAAGUCUCAGCUUUCUUCUAUUAGCGACACAGCUCCCCCCCCAUAGCUUGCUUCUCUUUUAGCAUCCGCAGUAUUCAAACUUUUUUCCUGUGCGAUCAUGGCGAAGAUUCCUUUCUUUCCUUUUGUUUUUUGUUUUUUCUUCUUCUUCAUCCCUUGGACUCUGAGCAAUAAUUCCACGAUAUUUACGCAGAAACAAGCAUCGGCCCUCGUGCAUCUCUCUCUCCGCCUCUGUCCGCCCUUCACCUCGGCUCCAUAAACUAAGCUAACCUUCGUUAACCUCUGCACUAAAGCGUGUCUCACAAUCUGAUCUGGUGCAAUGUUUCCACCCGCUCUAAAUUUCCUCCGCCUCAUAUUUAUCUACCUUUUUAUUUCUCAGAUGGAAGAUUGUUGUUUUAUAUAUAAAUAUAUAUAUAUAUAUAUAAAUAUAUUCUGUUGAUAUAAUUGUUAGUAUUAAUACUGCUCUUCUUGUUGUUUAGCUUCCUCCUUGUUUUCCGCAUGAUUUCUUUCACAGAACGAAAAUCGAUUUGCAGAUCCUCUCUCUCUCUCUCUCUGUUUUUUUUCUUUCGUUUCGGAAAGUCGUCGACGACUCUUUCCGCCUCUGUUGAACCUAGCAUGAUUAACGAGUGCUUUCAUUUUUAGAAAUGAACACAGACGUCUGUAGUGUCUUUUCUGUAGCUCUAUGUUUGCCUUCUUAUUCAAGAUGGCUGUAUGAAUGUAAAAGAUGUUGAGGUGUUGAGAAAAAACUAAACAAAAAAAAAGUUGGAUGGUGUUGUCCAAUACUGUGGUUAGCCCGAUCAAUUUGUUUACUGCAGACCAAACGAUUCACAACAGAGAUGAUAUAUUGGUUACAAGAGAUAUGUUUAUAUGAACCUAUUCUAUAAGUUGUUCUUUUUGUACAGUAUUUUUCCUAUACUUUACUGAAAUGUGUAUUUUAAAGGCACAACAGAUCCAGAAAAUUAUUAAAGAACGUACCUAUAUAAAACAAAUAUAGUGGUAUUUUGAUAUUCUAGGUAGGAUGUGGUAGUUUUACAGAGAUUUGUGCACAUUCAGCAGCACCCAAAACCUCCUGGGCAUUAUUGUAAUAUGAUCAUUACUAUAACACUCCUGCUUAUGUUGCUGCCACCUGUAGGCCCCCCAAUAUCAUUUUGAUCCCAUUUACUAAAAAAGAAGCAGAUGCUGAACGAUACAGUUCAGAAGAAAGAAUGUACGCAAAAUGAAACCGAAACCCACAUCCAGCGAGAAAACGCACGUCCAUUUCAGUCGCCGCGACCUCCCCCCCAAAGUCGUCCAUUAGCGAGUUCUUUCUGUCAUAUGUGAUUGUUAAAAAAUAUUUGCAGCUCUUCUGAUUUGAUGGGAUGAAGUUACUAUGAAGGGAGGGAAACCUAUGGCUGGUCACGAUUGUUGCUCUGUGUGAGUGAGUGAGUGAGUGCGUGUGAUGGGUUCCUUCAGCCAUUGCAGUUGUAGCGUGUCCCUGAACCUGAGUGAUGGACACUGGGAAGCUUUCCUUUUCUUUUUCUUCACUGAGGGCUUACAGUGGAUUCCCCGCCCCCGCAUGUUAGUUGUGAAGAAGUGCGAGCUUUCCAGACGGUCGGUCUGAGACCAGGAAAGGAUUGAUGUCUGUUUCUCAAGGCUGAUACCGACUUUCCUGAGCGUUUUGUACGGAGGUCCAGAAAUGCUAAAAUUAAAGCUGAAUCAUGUACGGGGCGGUGUUCAGUGUUUGGUCUGUGGAUGUGUUACAUGUGAUGUUACAAUUUCCUGCUUGUUGGCUUAGCUUAAUGCAAAAAAAAAGAUGGGAAACGACUUUUGCCCUGGGGGUAACAAUACCCAUCCACCGUUAAUUGGUUCAGACCGAGAAAUCCAUUUCCAUUUCCCUUUUUCCAGUAUUUCUGCUAAGCUAAGCUAAGCUAAGCUAACAGGCAUUUGACUGUAACUUCAUAUUUAAUACACACAUCUUGAAACAUCAUUUAAAAUGAUAAUUGUCCAAAUAUAAAAUGGGUUUUCUCAAUAGAAGUUUCAUUUUUUGCAGAUUUUUUUUACGCGGAUGAUGUGCUUGUUGUAGCUCAACCAUUUUUAAAAAAAAAAAAAAUUAGCUAAAUUCAAAUGAAAACUUUUUUCCAUUUCUCCAUUUAGAAAACCAGCCUAUUGAAACUGCUAAAUUGGCUUCACAAUUAUUUCUCAGAUAAAAAUAGUGAGUCAUUUUUUUAAUUUUUAUUUUUAUUUUUUUACUGGCAUGUCUGGGCUUCCGUAUUUUUGACGAUUGGAAUGUUUUUUCUAAACUCGAAUCAACAGGAUAUCCACCCAGCAAAACCAAACUCAUACAUUCCAGUCUCAGUCCCAGACUUGAUCCAACAUCACUGAUCUGAUCCAAAGCUGUGUGUGUGUGAUGAUAAAUGCUUCUUUUUUCUUUUCUUUUUUUCUUUUAAGAGGGUUCAGAGGUUGUGUUUUCCUCCGGCAUCUUAUCUGUAUAGACGCACUUGAGUGUGAACAGGGUUUGCAGUGAAGACUGGAACGAUGCGUCCCAAAUCUCUGGAGCAUCUUUUUAUUAGACCACAUAAAUCUAUAUAUUUACUGUAUGUGUAUAGGAAAAAGCCAAUAAUUAAUCCAUGCGUAUCCCAAAAUUACCUCACCGUCGAGUGAUUUCACUACCUCACCCGGAAAUGUUAACCAUAAUUUUGAGUCUAUUCCAGUGCCUUGAAUACACUGACUGUUCCCCAGUCUCUCAGCAAUGUAAAGUUUUCAUCAGCGCACCGCUUGGAUAGGUUCAGAUCUGCACUGAAGGGCUUAGUGCAUCAAAAUCUAUAUAUAUAUAUAUAUAUAUAUUAUAUACACUGACAGCUCUAUUCUUUUUUUUUUUUUUUCUUCUUUUGGACAUUGCAACAGACUUGUAACCAUUGUAUUCAUGGCAACACCAACAGACCGUUUCAGAGUGUGUACUAGUACAGCAUAAAGGAGUGUUUGCUCUUGUUUGUCACGGAGUGGAUGCAUCACAUUUAUUCGUGCUGUCCAGCCCUCAGCCUCUGUCUCUCUGUAAUUUGUAGUGUCAAAUAAAAAAAAAUCCCAAUUCUUA